AAGAUACAUACUUCAAUCCUAAAGUCUAAACACCCAUUAUAUUGCCACCACUUCAACUGAACAAAUGGCUAUGGCUUUUCCAGCCACAAUCCUCUCUGUGACUCUCUUCAUUUCCCUCUGCGCCUUCACCACAGCUUCACUACCAGCAGGACUGAUUAUAACGAUAGUGAACAACUGCCCUCACACCAUCUGGCCAGCAAUCCAGCCCAACACCGGCUACCCUGUCCUGGAGCGCGGCGGCUUUGCGCUCUACAAACUCACACACCGCUCUUUCGUGGCUCCUCGCGCCCGCUGGUCUGGCCGCAUCUGGGCUCGCACCGGUUGCGUCUUGAACCACGGCCGCUUCACUUGCGCCACCGGGGACUGCGACGGCCGCCUGGAGUGCAACGGGAGAGGCGGGGCGGCCCCGGCAACGCUAGCCCAAUUCGAACUCCACCAAGGCCACGCCGACUUCUCAACCUACGGCCUCAGCCUCGUGGAUGGGUUCAACCUGCCCAUGACGCUCACCCCUCACGACGGGAAAGGGCAUUGUCCGGUGGUGGGGUGUAGGGCCAACCUAUUGCCCGCGUGUCCGCGCCAACUCCAGGUCCGUCUGCGGGCUCGCCGCGGCCGUGGGCCGGUAGUGGGGUGCAACAGCGGUUGCGCCGCCUUCAAGACGGACGAGCUUUGUUGUCGAAACAAUUAUAACAACCCGCUAAUGUGCAAGGCGUCCAGGUACUCGGACUUCUUCAAGCAUGCAUGUCCCUCUACUUUCACCUACGCCCACGACACCCCGUCAUCCCUCAUGCACGAGUGCUCGGCGGCGCGUGAGCUCAAGAUCAUUUUCUGCCACUAGGAGUACCCAUUAACAAGCUAAGGCCUAAGGCAAUUGUUUAGUUGCAAUGUAAUGUCUUCUUGUUUUUAUUUAUUUAGUUUUCUUAGCUCUCUGUUUUCAUUUAUUAUUUCUUCUUCUAGGUAAUUAAGGGUUCUAACAACACAACACAACACAAUAUAUUGUACGUUGUAAUAAAUGGGCAUAUUUGCCCUAAAUAGUAAGUAAUAGUGUGCCCUAAA